CAGUUCUCCUUCCAUUUUGCGUCUUCUUUUCUUCUUCUAGAUCUGAUCUCUCCCUUUUCACCCCAAAGGUUUGUUUCUCAAACUCCCAUCUUCACCAGAUCGAUUCCUCAUAGAUUUUUAUACCUGAAUUAUGCUCUGUAUCCUUCUCUAUCGCUUCCGUUGAUUCAAUACUUGUGACAAUUGGUGAUUUUUGGAUAGAUCUGAUUUGUUUGUGUUUUUUUUUUUUAUUCUUGCUAGGUUUUAAAAAAGUCUAUCACUUUAUUACAAAUGGGUCGUGGAAACAGCUGUGGUGGAGGUCAAAGCUCACUCAAUUAUCUCUUUGGUGGAGGUGGUGAUGCUCCUCCUCCUAAGCCCUCUCCAGCUCCUACUUCUGAGCCUGCACCUGCACCUGUGACUGCAACCGCACCCACAACAGCUACUACUAGUGUUGAGCCUGCAAAGAUCAACAAGGAGAUCCCUGCUGGUAUCAAAACUCCUGUCAACAAUUACGCCAGAGCUGAGGGACAGAACACCGGAAACUUCAUCACUGACCGUCCUUCCACCAAGGUUCAUGCUGCUCCUGGAGGUGGAUCGUCUCUUGAUUAUCUCUUCACUGGUGGCAAGUAAAGACAAAACAUACAUUGUGUGUGUUUGCAUUCUCUCAAUUUAAAACUGUUUGAUGUGAG